AUGUUCAACGCCCUCAACCGCUUCAUGUCCCGCCUAGACGGCGACGCCCCGCAACGUCAACACGACCGCGACUCGUUCGGCUUCCAGGUCCUGCGCAACACGAACCUAGAGCUACCGAUUGAGCCCUGGUUUGAUUACAUUGUUGGAAUCAAUGGAAGGCCAAUUGAUAAUCCCGAUCCAAGCCUUUUCGCGCAAGAGGUGCAGAACUGCGCCGGCGGAACGGUGACAUUUGGAUUAUGGAGCGCAAAGGGCCAACGCAUAAGAGAAAUGCAUAUUCCCGUUCCCGCAGACACCGCAACGCUCGGGCUUUCUCUUCAGUUCGCGCCCAUCUCGCUCGCCGCCAACGUCUGGCAUGUCCUUGAUGUGCAAGCCAAUUCACCCGCCGACAUUGCCGGACUGUUACCCUAUAGCGACUACAUCCUCGGCAGCCCAGAAGGCGCCUUAAACGGCGAAAGUGCCCUGGGCGAGCUGGUGGAGGACUUCAUCGGGCGGCCCCUGCGAUUAUACGUCUACAACAACGAGUACAACGUCUCGCGCGAAGUCACAAUUCAGCCGAGCCGAAGCUGGGGCGGAGAUGGAGCCUUGGGAUGCACUCUAGGAUACGGAGCGCUGCAUCGGUUGCCGGCUCCAUUGAGCGAGCCUGUCAAUGCCCCCGGCGAGACGAUGUUUGACGGCGACUUUAAUGAGAAGAGCGGAGGCGGAUACACCCCGGCACAGGCAAGCUCUCCGGCGCCGCCACCAACGGGCGGUGACUUCCUCGUGCCCGCUCAAAUCGUCAGUCCAACGCCGGCGAGUGCGCCUCCGCGCGGUGGCACGCCUCGAGGAGGGAAGAAGAAAGAGCGCCAUGCGACCAAUAACUUCAUGGACGACUACUUCAAGGAGGAGACGGAGAAGAGCCUGGCACUGGAUAAUGCGCCGAAGAGUAAGGGGACGGGUGUACCGCCGCCUCCAAAAAGCGCCGGCGGCCCUCCAAAAGCUGAGCACAAAGAAGUUGCAGCGGAUGAAGGUGGAGCUUGA